AUGCCUGGUUCAACUGUGGUCACUGCAGCUUAUUUUGGCUCCCUUGGGCUUCAUGGGUUGAUUUUUAUGGCGUGAUCGUGCGGAGGAAUAAAAGCUCAGAAAUCUUACAUUCUUUUGUUUUGACUUGGACUCCUUCAAUCUAUAAAUAGUAUGGUAAGUUUUGAUUAGGGUAAUUGCAAUUGGCUUUGGGUGAGAUAAUAGCUAUACGUUGUACAAUUUAUGCUUUGCAAGGCUUUUCCUAAUUACUUUUAUAAGUCCUGCAAUAUUUGUAAUUCUUUCAGAUGUGCUUUGUUUUCACGCGAAAAAGCACAAAUUGUUUUUACUUGAGAAAAUUCUAAGCUGGGCGAAUGUGGGAAUUUUCGCUACUGUUUUAGUUUUUGCUAUUUUAGCUUAUUUUGUUUUAAACUGCAUUGCAAAUGAUAAUCAGCUGAUUUUAGCAAAAAUAUCAGGGAUUGUGUUAUAUCUCCCUAACAAGCCAAUAUUAUUGUUUUAUUUAUGAGAUAUUUUUUGGCUGAGCUUGUCAAUUUUGUUUAUUUUGUAUUUAAGAGUAAAUUAUAAUUAGAGUUGGGUGGCUUGCUUUUGGGUAUUAGUAAGUAUAGUAGGAUACCUGAUUGUGCUGAUUAUAUCUCCAAUGCUGCCAACAGACCUAUCAUUAUACAUAUCCUGCUACUCUUUAUCAUUCACAAUAUUUUGCUUAUUAGUGCUGCAACAAAGAAUCGCUCACCGAGAUAUUAAUGACAACGGCUAUGAAGUCCACCAAGCACAAUUCAACACAAUUUAUCGAAGAGUGUCUCAGAAUAAUAGGUAA